ACGCUCCUCUCUCUCCUCUGCCUGAACUUUCAUCUUCUCCCCUCUAACUCCAUCUUCCCAUCUAUCUAUUCAUCAACCAUAGUUUCCAUCUUCGAAUUUGAGCAACCUGUGUGAAGUCUUCUCCACUGACACCAGAUUUGAAAUUGUAGAUCCAUUAAUGGCGGAAAAAACCUCAAUCUUGGUCUUGCAUGGCGGUGCGGUGGUUGAAGACUCUGACGAUGCCUCCUGUUGUCCCGAUGUUGUCCCUGAUUCCGAAGAUGAUCUGACAUUCAUGAGGAUUGAAGACAGUGAAGAAGGAGAUUGGAGCGAUGGUGGCCAGAAAGUUGAAGUAUUACAAGAGGGGUUGCAGUCGGACACUAUGGAAACCAGGAUUCCAGCCUCCAUUCAGGCCAUGGUUGCCAUUUACCUUCGUCCUGUAGAUACAACGACAGAGGAGUAUUUUCCACUUGCGUAUCUUCCUCCGCAUCUAGACCCAAAAGUUCAACAGGGCCUUGAUGAAUUGCUUAAAAUAUGGCUACCUCUUUACAAAAAAUGAAGUUAGAACUCCUCUGUUGAGCUUACCAUUUGAGCAGUUGACGAGAAGAUGAUGCAUGAUCCGUUGCCUUGUUUCAUUGGACAACCUUUUCUUUUUUGGAACAAUUUCUGCCAUUUGUUUGACCUUACCUCUUUGUUGUUUGUACUUUCGCUAUUUUGAGAAAGGCUUGGUUGUAUAUAUAGACUGAAAUCUGUGGGGUUUUUAUUUUUUUGGAGGGAGUGGACAAAUUAUUUGGAAAUCCCGCCACUAGUUGGUUCUUGUGUUUUUGUUGUGGCCGCUACUUUUUAAUUGGAGUACUGUACGUAGCAGUCCAAAAAGGCUGCUACCUUUUUAUUGGAGUACUGUUUAUUACCCCUUUCUU